AUGGCAGAGUCCUCGGUGAAGGCUGGGGAAAAUGUGGAUUACGUCUUUGUCACGCCGGUGGAAGUGGACUCAGGCGGGUCGUAUAUUUCACACGACAUUUUGCACAACGGCAGGAAAAAGCGAUCGGCGGGGAGUGCCGGCAGCUCUCCGCAUUACCGAUUUUCAGCAUUUGGACAGGAACUACAUUUAGAACUGAAGCCCUCGGCGAUUUUGAGCAGUCACUUUAUUGUCCAGGUACUUGGAAAUGAUGGUGCUUUGGAGACUCCGGAACCCGCAGUGCAGCGAUGCUUCUAUCAGGGAUUUAUCAGAAAUGACAGCUUCUCCUCCGUCGCUGUGUCUACGUGUGCCGGCUUGUCAGGUCUAAUAAGGACCCGAAAAAAUGAAUUCCUCAUCUCCCCGUUACCUCAGCUGCUGGCCCAGGAACAUAACUACAGUGCACCUGCAGGGCAUCAUCCUCACGUACUGUACAAAAGGACGGCUGAGGAGAAGGUCCAGCGUUGCCAUGGCUACCUAGGCUCCAGCGGGCAUCAUCCUGGUCACCCCCCAAAUCACAUGCCCCACACAUCUCGGAGUCAAGAAAGAGAGCAUCACCACCCAAGGUUGCAAAAGCAGCAUUUUUGUGGACGACGCAAGAAAUAUGCCCCUAAGCCUCCCACGGAGGACACCUAUCUCAGGUUUGAUGAAUACGGGAGUACAGGGCGACCCAGAAGAUCAGCUGGAAAGUCACAAAAGGGCCUAAAUGUGGAAACCCUUGUAGUAGCAGACAAGAAAAUGGUGGAAAAACAUGGCAAGGCAAAUGUCACCACGUACAUUCUCACAGUCAUGAACAUGGUUUCUAGCCUAUUUAAAGAUGGGACCAUUGGAAGUGAUAUAAACAUUGUUGUGGUGAGCCUCAUUCUUCUGGAACAAGAACCUGGAGGAUUAUUGAUCAACCAUCAUGCAGACCAGUCUCUGAAUAGUUUCUGUCAAUGGCAGUCCGCCCUCACUGGAAAGAAUGGCAAGAGGCAUGACCAUGCCAUCCUCCUCACGGGAUUUGACAUUUGUUCCUGGAAGAAUGAGCCAUGUGACACUCUAGGGUUUGCCCCCAUCAGUGGAAUGUGCAGUAAGUACCGAAGUUGUACCAUCAAUGAGGACACAGGGCUCGGCCUGGCCUUCACCAUUGCUCAUGAGUCAGGGCACAACUUCGGCAUGAUUCACGAUGGGGAAGGCAAUCCCUGUAGGAAGGCUGAAGGCAAUAUCAUGUCUCCCACACUGACAGGAAACAAUGGGGUGUUUUCCUGGUCUUCGUGCAGCCGGCAGUAUCUCAAGAAAUUCCUUAGCACACCUCAGGCUGGGUGCCUGGUGGACGAGCCCAAGCAAACAGGACAGUAUAAAUAUCCAGACAAACUACCAGGACAGAUUUAUGAUGCCGACACACAGUGCAAGUGGCAAUUUGGAGCAAAAGCCAAGUUAUGUAGCCUUGGUUUUGUGAAGGACAUUUGCAAGUCCCUUUGGUGCCACCGAGUGGGUCACAGGUGUGAGACCAAGUUCAUGCCCGCGGCAGAAGGGACCGUUUGUGGCUUGAGUAUGUGGUGUCGGCAAGGCCAGUGCGUAAAGUUUGGGGAUCACGGGCCCCGGCCCGUCCACGGCCAGUGGUCCGCCUGGUCGAAGUGGUCCGAGUGUUCCCGAACUUGUGGUGGCGGAGUCAAGUAUCAAGAGAGACACUGCAAUAACCCCAAGCCUCAGUAUGGUGGCAAGUUCUGUCCAGGUUCUAGCCGUGUAUAUCAGCUGUGCAAUAUUAACCCUUGCAGUGAAAAUAGCUUGGAUUUCCGAGCCCAGCAAUGUGCAGAAUAUAACAGCAAACCUUUCCGUGGAUGGUUCUACCAGUGGAAACCCUACACAAAAGUGGAAGAGGCAGAUCGAUGUAAACUGUACUGCAAGGCUGAGAACUUUGAAUUUUUUUUCGCAAUGUCUGGCAAGGUGAAAGACGGAACUCCUUGCUCCCCAAACAAACACGACGUUUGUAUUGAUGGGAUCUGUGAGCCAGUGGGAUGCGACCAUGAACUGGGCUCUAACGCAGUUUUGGACGUGUGUGGUGUUUGCAAAGGGGAUAAUUCAACUUGCAAGUUUUAUAAAGGCCUGUACCUCAACCAGCACAAGGCAAAUGAAUAUUAUCCUGUAGUCACUGUGCCAGCGGGGGCCCGAAGCAUCGAGGUCCAGGAGCUACAGCCCUCCGCUGGUUACCUGGCAGUCAGAAGCCUCGGUCAAAAGUAUUACCUCACGGGGGGCUGGAGCAUCGACUGGCCUGGGGAGUUCACCUUCGCUGGGACCGUGUUUGAGUACCAGCGGGCCUUCAACCACCCGGAACGUCUGUAUGCGCCAGGACCUACCAACGAGACGCUGGUCUUUGAAGUCCUGAUGCAAGGCAAAAAUCCGGGGAUAGCUUGGAAGUAUGCACUUCCCAAGGUCAUGAAUGGAACUCAUCCGGCCUCAAAAAGGCACAGUCAUGCCUGGAGUACGGUGCAGUCUCAGUGCUCUGCGACCUGCGGUGGAGGUUACAUAAGCGUAAAGGCCAUUUGCUUACGAGAUCAAAACACUCAAGUCAGUUCCUCCUUCUGCAACGCAAGAACCAAGCCAGCAACUGAACCCAAAAUAUGCAAUGCUUUCUCCUGCCCUGCUUACUGGAAGCCAGGCGAAUGGAGCGUGUGCAGCAGGUCAUGUGCGGGGGGCCAGCAGAGCAGGAAGAUCCAGUGUGUCCAGAAGAAGCCGUUCCAGAAGGAGGAAGCAGUGUUACAUUCUCUCUGCCCAGUGAGCACGCCCACUCAGGUGCGAGUCUGCAACAGUCAUGCCUGCCCUCCAGAAUGGAGCCUUGGACCCUGGUCUCAGUGUUCCAAGACCUGCGGGCGAGGGGUGAGGAAACGUGAAAUCCUGUGCAAAAGCCCCCCGACGGCAGAGGAUCUCCCAGAGAACCUGUGCUCCAGCGCCCCGAGGCCAGAGUCACAGGAGGGCUGUGUCUUAGGACGAUGCCCCAAAAACAACCGGCUGCAGUGGGUUGUCUCUUCCUGGAGUGAGUGUUCGAUGACCUGUGGUUUGGGCGUGAGGAAGAGGGAGAUGAAAUGCAGUGAGAAGGCCUUCCAGGGAAAGCUGAUCACUUUCCCGGAGCGAAGGUGCCGCCAUAUUAAGAAACCAAUUCUCGACCUGGAAGAAACCUGCCAGCGGGGGGCUUGUCCAGCCCGUCCUGAGUUCAGUAUGGCAGCUGGAUGGUAUUCAUCGCCGUGGCAGCAGUGCACGGUGACCUGUGGAGGGGGCGUCCAGACCCGCUCGGUCCACUGCGUCCAGCAGGGCCGGCCUUCCUCCAGUUGUCUGCUCCGUCAGAAACCUCCCGUGCUACGAGCCUGUAACACAAACUUCUGUCCAGCUCCUGCAAAGAGAGAAGAUCCAUCCUGUGUAGAUUUCUUCAGCUGGUGUCACCUCGUUCCUCAACAUGGCAUCUGCAACCACAAAUUUCACGGUCAUCAGUGCUGCAAAUCCUGCACGAGGAAGAGCUGA